UCAUAUUAUAUCAGAAUAAUAAGUAACAAGUAAAAAUAUUUAUCAUGAAUGCUAAAUGAGUGGAUUCCAUUGUUUAACAGUAAAUUCAGAAUUAAAAAACCAAGAGCGGCCAUAGUCCCUCUCGUGGGGUUUUUUGUUCUCCGCCGAUUUUGUGCGGCUACUUUGCUUCUAUUGACGAGGCAUUGUUUCCAUGGUUGUGGACGGAAGUAAGGCAGGGACAGGAGGGUUGCUGCAGCGGCUCAACAGCGAUGGUAGGGCGCCAGCAAGCGAUGGACAAGGGGAACAAUUGAUCGAGAAACACAUCGGGAAGGCUUGUCUGGUGAUCAAUUCAGCUCAUCAGGAAACCAAACGUCGGAGGACUGGUGCAACGGACUGGAGCAGAGGCGCUAGGGUUUGGAGCCGUGUCUUGCCCACGUCAAAAAUCAUAGCGAAGGUCCGGCCUCCUCCUGAACCACCACCAUGGGUUGUACGAUGUGCUAGAGUCUGUGAAAGUUUUCCUAUUAAUUUUUAUUAUUUUGUCAUUUGGUUUCUUGCUACCGUCUAUGUUGGUAGGUUUGUCAAUUUGUUUGGGAUUUUAGCCUUUUUUAUGUCAUUGGGUAUUUUUGGAUCUAUGGGAACAGAGACGGUUGUGUCAACUGUCAAGCCCGGUGCAUGGUUAGCGAUUCAUGUUGCUCUUUCAGGGGUGACCGUCUCUAAGUCUGAUCAUAGGGUUUACAAUCGUAGUUAUUGCUGUUUAGUUGGUGUCAGAUUUUUUUUUUUUGAUUGAUGUAAUGAUCCUGAAACUUAUGAUAUGAAUAGAGGCAAGUUUACGAUUAAAAAAAGAAAUGCUAAAUGAGUUUUAAAAGUGAG